GUAGUGUAGUCAACAAGAGUAAACAAUAUCCAGAGUGUAAAGUUCUUUUCUCUUCUAAAAGAGUAAAGGAAUUAGGAAUGUUCAUUGAUCCACAAUGAAUCUUCCCAUUCAAUAGUAAUAGUACUAUAAUUUUCCCAUUUCAACAACUUAAUUGCAAUACAGUGCUUCUUUUUUUCAAGAAAACCCCAAAAAAUCGUUUUUUUUUUCUGUAGCAAGGAGAAUAUGGGAGGGGUUACUUCAUCAAUGGCGGCGAAGUUUGCGUUUUUUCCUCCAAACCCACCUUCUUAUAAGCUUAUUAAAGAUGAUCUCACGGGUCUUUUGCUGCUUAGCCCUUUUCCUCACCGUGAAAAUGUUGAAGUACUUAAGUUGCCCACUCGUAAAGGUACUGAAAUUGUUGCCAUGUAUAUUAGGCAUCCUAUGGCUACCUCCACUUUACUGUAUUCCCAUGGAAAUGCGGCUGACUUGGGUCAGAUGUAUGAGCUUUUCAUUGAAUUGAGCAUCCACUUGCGGGUCAAUCUCUUGGGGUAUGACUACUCUGGGUAUGGACAGUCAACUGGUAAGCCAAGUGAGCAGAAUACCUAUGCAGAUAUUGAAGCUGCAUAUAAGUGCCUUGAAGAAAACUAUGGCACAAAGCAGGAAGAUGUUAUACUUUAUGGCCAAUCAGUUGGUAGUGGGCCUACUUUGGAUCUUGCAGCUCGUCUACCACGAUUAAGAUCAGUCAUUCUGCACAGUCCCCUUCUUUCAGGUUUACGAGUCAUGUAUCCUGUCAAGCGCACGUACUGGUUUGACAUUUACAAGAAUAUUGACAAGAUCCCUUCGGUUAAUUGUCCCGUGCUCAUCAUUCAUGGAACUGCAGAUGAAGUAGUUGAUUUUUCACAUGGCAAGCAACUCUGGGAAUUAUGCAAGGAGAAGUAUGAGCCUUUAUGGAUCAAGGGAGGGAACCAUUGCGACUUGGAGCUCUAUCCAGAAUAUAUCAGACACCUAAAGAAGUUUGUAGCAACUAUUGAAAGGUCCCAAUCACAAAGGAUCAGUUCUAGGAAAAGCACAGACCAGCAGUUUGAGCCACCAAGAAAGAGUACAGAUGUUUUUGAAGCUUCAAGGAAAAGCAGUGACCGUAGAGAAAAACCGAGACACAGCACAGACAGGCCUGAGAAGUUAAAGAAUCAUUCCAGUAAUGCUAUUACAGACAAACUAGAAAAACUAAGGAUCUCUUUUGAACAAAUGGAGAGAUCUCGGAGAAGUGUGGACUGCACUGAAAAAUCAAGGAGAAGCAUCGAUCACCAAUUAGAAAGAGCCCGGAAGAGUGUUGAUAGAAUGGAGAGAAUACGAACUGGUUGAUAGUUAAAACCAAAUUGUAAAAUUUAUUCAAAGUUUGAUGGUGUGGGUAAAGAGUGAAAUGAGUUGGUUACUAUUUAUGGUUUUCAAGAUAUGCAUUUGUUUGUAAAAUCCUUUAAAAUAAUUAUCGCUUGAAUCAAAUAGGUGAUGUUAUAAA